CUGCACCAGGAGCAGGAAUCUGCACCAGGAGCAGGAAUCUACACCAGGAGCAGGAAUCUGCACCAGGAGCAGGAAUCUACACCAGGAGCAGGAAUCUGCACCAGGAGCAGCAGGAGGAGGACGUGGUCCUGUUGUGCCAACGAGCGCCAUCUGGUGGAAACCCCUCACCCCACCCCCUUCAUCCUUGGGCCGCGUUCCACAGGUUGCCGCUGGGUUCUGAGAGCUGGAUGACACCAUGAGCUUCUUAUUUGGAAGCCGUUCAUCUAAGACCUUCAAGCCAAGGAAGAACAUUCCAGAAGGGUCCCAUCAGUAUGAGCUGCUGAAACAUGCAGAGGCCACUCUGGGCAGUGGUAACCUGCAUAAGGCUGUCACAUUACCUGAGGGUGAAGAUCUGAAUGAAUGGAUAGCUGUCAAUACUGUGGACUUCUUCAAUCAGAUUAACCUGCUGUACGGAACAAUAACAGAUUGCUGUACUGAGGAGAGCUGCUCUGUCAUGUCUGCAGGUCCCAAAUAUGAAUAUCAUUGGGCUGAUGGAACAAACAUUAAGAAACCAAUUAAAUGUUCAGCACCUAAAUACAUUGAUUACCUGAUGACGUGGGUACAGGACCAGCUCGAUGAUGAAACACUCUUCCCAUCCAAGAUAGGUGUUCCUUUUCCCAGGAAUUUCAUGUCGGUGGCAAAGACCAUCCUGAAACGCCUGUUCCGAGUUUAUGCCCAUAUUUACCAUCAGCAUUUUGAUUCUGUGAUCCAGCUACAGGAAGAAGCUCACCUGAACACCUCCUUCAAACAUUUCAUCUAUUUUAUUCAGGAGUUUAACCUCAUGGACCGGAAGGAACUGGCUCCACUUCAGGAACUGAUUGAAAAACUGACAGCAAAGGACAGAUAGAAGCAAAACAAAUAAGCGACUGAGAGAGAGAAGGAUGCUUUACUUCUUUAAUACAGCCGGCUCAGUGCUGGACUGGGAUUUGUAAAGCAAACCCUGUGCUAGCAUUGAUCAAGUUUGAAGUCCUUAUCUGAAGGCUUGAAACAGGAUGAUUCUGGGCUUUUCAGGUUUUCUUUAAGCAAGUCACCACGUGCACAGACAGCUUUAGUUGUAGCAUGUAAUUAUGCUGCACACAAUCCUCCCAUGUCUGUAGGAUGUAAUUCAUUGGCAACCCAUUAGAAGCCAUGUUACAUUAUCCAAGUGCCUGUGUUGAAUCAUAAUCUUUACUUUUCUUCCUUUUCAACAUUUUGAUAAAGAAUAAACCAAUGCUCUGGGCUGACGCUUAACUCGGGAAGGAAGCCAUUGAUUAUAAAAACUGUUCUAUUUUAUAUAUGUUUCAUAAAUUCCUCACUGA